AGUUUUGGUUGUUUUGACGCUCUAGCCAAAGUAAAAAGAAACUACCCCUACCCUACCCGCGAAACAAUUGAAACCUUUCAUCGCUCGUAGUACAUCAUUAUAGUUGACGCACGACCAGCUCUACCAAACUGAAUUGCCAAGAUACUUCCGCAUAUAUAAAUGUUUGUAGCUGGUUCCAGGUCUAUAUUUUGAUUUUAUUGUUUUGCUUUUGUUAUAAUUUUCUACCCAGCGGUGGUGGUACCCCUUCCAAGAUUUCCCGCCGCCCUUGCGUACAACUUCUAGGUGCACAGUGAGACCAAUCCCCCGUGACAUCUUCUAUCGAAUUGUUUACCCCAAAUUGUCAAAGUAUUUACUACUUCUAGAUAAGACGGGUUUUACUUGUACCGGCGGACGAAAACCGGUAAUUCCGCAAUUUUGAAAUCUUCAAUAAAGUACUUGAGUUAAUAAUUAUCGAGAAAUCAAAAAAGUAGUUGGCACCAUGAGAAGGGCCUCGUUAGGCAUCGCGUUCUCGUUGCUUGUUGCGCUCGUCGAGGGAGGGGGCACGCCGCGCAAGAGAAGGUUUGACCUAGAUGAAGGAGGAGCAACGCCACGAUUGAGUAAGAAGCAGCCCGUAUCUACAACUUCCGGCGACUUCUUUUUAUCUACUAGAAGUCCCGGAUCCACACGACCGAACCAGGGCAAAAAAGGGGGAGAGCAACAAGCGCUUGCUUCCUUGAAAAAUAACCGAGUGCGUGGUCAGUCGGCAGGCCCGAAAUACAGAUUGCGGGGGAAGCAGAAGCUGCUUCCUGUAGAAAACAAAAAUAAGCGAGUGCUCCAGUCGGCAGGCCCGAAAAAAUACAGAUUGCGGGGGAAGCAGACGCUUCUUCCUCCGUUUCGUCGACUUGGAGCUUUCGUGGAUGAAGCGGCUCCUGUCGCGGCGGGUGAAAAGGAACAUCAAGGAGCAGUGGUGGAACAAGUGGUGAAAGAGAUCGCGCCAGCUGCAUCGCCAGCAGGACCACGACGCGAGUUAUCACAAGGACUAUCAGCCUAUGAAUCAUCGUUGAAUUUGCGUGCCAAUCUUGCCGGCGCAGAAGCUCGUACCAAACUGGCGAGGAAGGCGGUUCUGGCGGCGGAGGAAAUUGUGAAAGACAGCGCCGACCGCGUUUGGGCCGAGCGCGUGUUCUCCACGUCCUCGUCGUCUGACAUAACCGACCAGGAGCUGCUGCAGCAAGCACUUCUAGACGGCGUCGAGGCCGAGUGGUCUCGGGUGGAGAGCCUGCAGCGUGUGCUCAGCGACAUUGAAACACACCGCAAUUAUGUGAAGCAGAAACUGCAGGAAGCUCGGGCACACUUGGUCGCAGAGGACACGGACGACGAACACGAUGAGGACCAUAACACGACCUCCUUCAAGGGGCUGGUUCUAGUAGAGCGAAAGCCAGUGAAGAAGUGGCUCAGCAAGAAGGCCGGUGGUGCGCUCGCGCAGCUGAUGGCCGCCCAUGAGAAUGAGGUCACGCCUACAACCUUGAGCCACGACUUGGGCGCCGCGCAUGACAAACUUGAGAGAAUCGGUUUCGUGGACUUGGAGGAGGCAAUCGAAGCCAUGGCUGCCUUGGAACCGGAGCUGGAGCAUAUCCUGCUGAAAAGUUGCGCCCCUGCAGUCGUGCCCAUAGAGUUGUUUUCUGUGGAAAAGAAUUGUUUGCAUUUUUGCAUGACAAACUUGCAGGCCAGCGCCAGAGCAGCUUUAUUCCAAAUUUCUGCUUGAUAGCGGUGCAUGGUAUAUCUUGUGCUACGUCCUGUCUCUCAAGGGUUGAUGAGGCUGAAAAUCUCCUGCAUAAUUUUUGGCCUAGAAGAUCAUUCUCCUAAAUUAAAAGAUCGAUGCGUCGUCCUUGUCCGUCGAUGCGCGUCAAAAGUUUCUAUUUCCAUGUACAACUAGAAGAACAAGGCGAGCUUAUUUCGUAUUGCAGAGGAAAAAUAUCAGAUGCCUCGUCGCCUUUCUGAGCGUAAUUGCGGGGCUACACAACUUUUCGUUUUGAUACAGCGAUUACAGACGGAAUUCCAGACGGUGGCAAAUGAAGUCGACACAUUGGAGCUUGUUUCGAAGGAGGCAGUAGAUGAAAUCAAGGAAUUCCAAGAGGAGUUUCCUUCUUCGGAUGGAGGAGAGACGGAAAAUGUUGACACGACCACGCUGCCGGGCGCCGGCUCCUCAUCCUCCACACGAGGAGAUUGGAGAAGAAGAAGUCGCAGCAGGAGCAGGAGUAGAACCUCUUCUAGAAGCACUGGCAGUUCUACUAGUCGAAGAACUUCUUCUAGUGCCCCGCCGACAAGCACUAGUAGUUCUACUAGUUGGACGAGAACUUCUUCUACUGCCCCGCCGAACUGGGUGCCCCGAAUCGAAUACAAGACACACCAGGUGCUGUUGCCGACCAGCAGUCAUGCAGAUGUUCUGUUCCGCGAAGACGGCUCUUUGCGCAAAGGUAAACCGACGGACACACGAACAGGCGUCAGCACUUCGGUGAAGGACGCGUGGGCGCAACGGGAUACGGUGAGUAAGCUUCUGACGGAGUUGCGCGAUAAGGUUCAGGAUUUUAUUGCCCUCAAAUGGGGGAGCGAAAAGGAGGAAUUGCGCCGCAUCGGCGAGAAGCUGCGCGAUGCCCAGCUGCUGGUUGAGAAGGAGAGCAGGAAGGCGUCGUUGUUAGCUUCUGCUUCAGACGACGCAACGCAGUUACUUAGUUUGUAAAUUAUAAGAGUAUCUAUAGUUACUACUUCUACUAUAAAAAGAUGAAGCUGCCCGCCCCCGCGAACUCCGCCAGCUUUCUGAAGUAGCUCAUGUAGGGAUCUACACAUUGUCCUCCUCUGGCGUGCGCAUGAUACAUAUAUUAUUUCCAACAAAUAAGUACCAAAUAGUGACAUCGGGAGACGAGAAAAACCUCCGACACAUCAUUCCAUAUCCAUCUGCCUUGAAAAGUGAACGACGAGAAGAUGUUUUCUCGUGAGAAGAGACAAUUAUGCCAGAGAAUAAGAUUUCUCUAGUCCUCGUUGGGGCAAAAAUACCUAGCCAAGACCAUCAAGAAGCACAGGGAGAUACUCGCAUAUUGUGCCUAGCAAAAAAAGUAGGAGUGUAUGAUUCAAAGGAGAACAAAUAAUAAAGUGUACUUACAGGAGUCAAAGUCAUGAAUUAGUUCGCGAAGAGGCGGAAAAUCAUGAAUUAGUUCGUCGUCCAAAGUUGAAAAAUCAAGUUUAGUUUAGACCUACAGGACAACAAUCAACUUUUUUUUUUCCCCCUGGGAUUUACUAUAGUGAAGAGUAUGUACUAGCCUCCUUACCGACCACCACAUUCCGUAGCGAUCUACAUAUAAUUCCCAUGCUUGUUGUGGCACCUUCGCAGCUUUUCUCAGUGAUAGGUACGACGGGACCAAAUUCCACGUCGAGAGUUGUAAGUACAACAGGUGUGAGAUGUGUGUAUGUGGUUGAUGUGCGGGUCUUGGGAGCAGGCUGAAAAAUUCUAGGAAAAGCAAGCAAGUCCAAGUUUGCGGCCUCGCGAUCAUAUUUGGGGCUUCGCGAUCUUGUUCUGUGUACAGCUGGAG